UGCAAUACCCCGUAUCUGACAAUUUUGAGAUUUUGAGAGUUUCAUUGCAUUAGGUUUGUUGGGUUGCCUAGCAUGUUGUGUCAGAACCCUGUAUCAUACAAAAAAUAAGAAAGCCUUGGAAAUUGCUUUUAUUUAAUAUCCCGUAUUGCUCGUCAGAAGACAUGCGCAUAAAAAUAUCCCGUAUCUGUCAGUUGUACAUUGCAUUCUUCUACAACCUACACGUGUGCGAGUUUAUUUAGCUGUUCAGUGAAUUAAUUAUAUUUCAAAGAUGCAGGCAACUCGAUCACACAGAAUUUUGUCUAUGGUUUUAAAUCGAAAAGAAAAUAAUAAUCAACAGCCUUCUAGCAGUACCAAGCAAGUUUCUGAAACUGCUGUAUUCACUGAGUUCAGUGAAGUCUAUAAAGUAAGCGCCACAGAUGGGACCCUAAUACCGAUAGAAGGAGAUUUUCGAGAUACUACUGAUUGGCACGAUACUGAAAAUAUCUCCAUUUUGCUGAGCAACGUUCAACAGCAAAUAUUUCAAGAUGAAGUCCUCGGUGAAGUCGCACAUGAGCAUCUUGUAGAAACUGAUGAAAGAACAGAAAACAUUAAUUCAAGUCCUGCAUAUUUAGAACAGAGAAAAAUUCAACAGCAAAUAUUUCAAAAUGAAGUCCUCUGUAAAGACACACAUGAGCACCUUGUAGAAACAGAUAAAGUAACAGAAAAUACUAAUCCAGAUACUUAUUUAAAGCAAACUCAUUUAUUGGAAAUAGGCAAUUUGCAUCUUAAUCCCGGUUCAAGCAUCACCUCUGAGGAAUCCAAUCAAAACUACGAUUAUAUCCUUGAAGAAGAUCCCGAUUUUUCAGAUAAAACUGCUAAUAAUAAAGAGAAAACAGACUGUGCGAGGAGCUGAGAUGAAGAUUCCAAUCAAAACGACGACGAUUAUAUCCUUGAAGAAGAUCCCGAUUUUUCAGAUAAAACUGCUAAUAAUGAAGAGAGAACAGACAGUGCGAGUAGCUCAGAUGAAGAUAUCAAUCAAAACGACGACGAUUAUAUCCUUGAAGAAGAUCCCGAUGUUUCAGAUAAAACUGCUAAUAAUGAAGAGAAAGCAGACAGUGCGAGGAGCUCAGAUGAAGAUAUCAAUCAAAACGACGACGAUUAUAUCCUUGAAGAAGAUCCCGAUUUUUCAGACAAAACUGCUAAUAAUGAAGGGAAAACAGACAGUGCGAGGAGCGCAGAUGAAGAUAAACUAAAUAAAGAAAUUAGAGUAAGACGCAGAAAGAGGAAGGCAGAUGUGGAAAACUGGAACAGGAGGGCAACAAAAUCUAGAAGAAUGCAUGGAGUGGAAUACGCUGGUUUCCAAAGAAAUAAGGAUCGUAAAAUAUCCUACGGAAUAAAGCGACCAGAGAGAAAGAUAAGAGACAGGUGUGUAUCUUUAGCAUGUACGAAGUCUACAAAGCAUUUCUGUGGGUCCUUCUCGGAGGAAGAGAGGAAUCUUAUGUUCCGUACCUUUUGGGGCAAAAUGGACUGGCAAGAAAAGAAGGCAUACAUAACAGGUAACAUCGAAUACACAAAAACAAAAAGGUCAUCGAAGGGAGAAGAACCAUCAAGAAGAAGUGGAACCUAUUGCUAUUAUUUAAGGAACAAAACUAAUGAAAAAAAGAGAGUCUGCAAGAAAAUGUUCUUGAAUACGUUCGAUUUAAAAGAAGACAUGGUUCAUGAUUGGUUCAAAAAGACAGAGUAUGGGCUUAUUUGUAUAAGAGAAGAAAACUCAAACACAAGUGCGGAUCAAAGAAGAUCAAAUAAUUUUAAUAAAGGAAAAAGAAAUUGUCUGGUUGAUUGGUUUAACAUGCUACCUAAGAUGGCCUCUCAUUAUUGUCGCAAGGACACAAAGAAAAAAUAUUUAGAGACAAUUUUUCAGACCAAUGCUCAAUUAUAUAGAGAGUAUUUAAAGCACUGUGAUAAUAACAGUCUGGAAAAAUUAUCGUAUGCUAUUUUUGACCAAAUAUUUUGCGACUUAAAUCUAAGUUUGUACCAGCCAAAAAAAGUCUGGUGUGAUACCUGUAGCGCAUUUGAAGUUAAGAAUAUCGACCAGUUUGCUUACGCAUCACACCUAGAUAGAAAAAAUCUAGCAAGGGAAGAGAAAGCCAAAGAUAAAGAAGAUGCCAUCAACCACAAAAAUUACACUUUUACAAUGGACCUUCAAGCUGUAAAAAGCUGCCCCGUCUUAAAAGCAAGUGCCAUAUAUUAUAAAAAGAAACUAACAGUUCACAACUUCACUAUGUAUAACUUAAAAAAUCAUGAAGCCUCUAAUUAUUGGUGGGAUGAAACAGAAGGAGAUCUGUGUGCAUCUACUUUUACUUCCAUCAUUAUUCACCAUAUUGAAGAAAACUGUAAUGACCGAAAAUUACCUGUUAUUCUCUGGUCUGAUGGGUGCUGUUACCAGAACAGAAACUCUACACUUUCCAACGCGCUUCUAAAUCUUUCUAUAAAAAGUGGUCAAAUUAUUAUUCAGAAAUAUCUUGAGAAAGGGCACACCCAGAUGGAGUGUGAUAGUGUGCAUCAUCUAAUAGAGAUGAAACUUAAAAAUCGUAAAAUUUUUCUUUCACACGAUUAUAUAACAUGUACUGAAGAAGCGCGGAUAAAACCAGCUCCGUUUAAAGCGCAGAUGCUUACUCAUACAUUUUUUAAAAACUAUUCAUCCUGCGAACUUGCGUAUAGAAGUAUUCGACCUGGAAAGAUGAAGAACGAUCCGACCGUCACAGAUCUCAGGGUAUUAAUGUAUGUACGAUCCAGAGAAAAAACAAAUUUUGUUCAAAACUAAUUUCAAAGACGAUUUUAAGCCAUUACCAGUACGGACUGUCAAUCCCAAAGGUCUAGAAAUGUCGUCGUACCCUAACUUACACAACCAAAGACUAAGUAUAAAGAGUGAUAAAUAUACUCAUUUGCAAGACCUUAAGGUACUUUUACCUACCGACUGCCACAUGUUUUACAACAAUUUACCCAAAGAUAACAAGAUUUAGGUAGACAUCUUAAAAGUUUUUAGUUUAGUUACUUGUUUUGAGAAAGUUAUUAAACCUAAUUUUCCUUUAAAGUUUUAGUUACAUAUUUUUUUACUGUUUUACUUUACAUUUAUGUUUGUAACAUUGUAACUUCUAAUAAACUUGUUUUGUACCAAUUUUUGUUUUGUUUUUACUACCUGUUAAAUUAAUACUAAAAUCCCGUAUCUAAAAUUUAUGUUACAACAUUUUUGACAAUACCCCGUAUCUACAGA